CUUUAAGGCGCAGGAUGAUGACGUAUAGCUAGCUAGAAGUUGCUCCCCGUUGCCUCAAUGUUUGGUUACAGUUGAAGCCGCACAGUUUGCUAACAUCUGGCAGGCUGCUCACAUGUCAGACAUAUUUACCUUAUUUUGUAAAGUGUUAUUUUUAAUCCAACAUGGCCUGGGUGAAAGCUGUUUCGUAUAAUGGAGAGGACGUGUUUGACGAGAGUGCGGACGACUUAACUCUGCUCAGUAAAGAGUGGACAUCCAACAUGAAGAAACGAGUCAGGGAUGGUUACGUUGACGGAGUAGACGCCGGGGAGGACGCUUUACUUCAGGUCGGGUUUAACCAGGGCUUCAUGGAAGGGAGAGCCAAGACUGCAGCUGUGGGCCGCCUCAAAGGAAUAGUAAGCGCUAUAUGCUCCUGGUGCCAGAUCCAGCAUCCGGAAAGCCCUGUCCCAGCCUCUGUGACCAGCCUCCUGCAGCAAAUAACGCAGCAUGAAGAAAGAAUCAUGGAGGGUAUCAGGUAUGCUUUGGAACAUCCUCCUCCCAGUGUGAGUAUCAUCUCUGAGAGCAUGGAGGAUCUGGAGGUGGAGCAGAGGGACUCAAACUGCUGUGGAGGAGGAGGAUGUAAAGAGACAGGCUGCUGCAAGGAGGGAGAGAAAAUGGACCUGAAUGCUUCUCCACAGCAGCAAAAGUCUCGUUCAGGGUCUACUGACUGCAACUCUGGCUCAAGUGAAAGCCUGGACCUCCUGCUGCAGCUCUGCAUGGAUGUUGUGUCAGAGCUCAGCCUCCCACAGGAGCUCAUCAGUCACAUCCAGGAGCUGAGAAACAUAUAGUGGCUGAAUUCUAAGGACCAGUUAAAAAUACUUUCCAAACAACUUUUACAUGAACUAUGGAACUAAGAAGGUUUUAAUGGAAAUUUUGUACAAAUGGAAAAAAAGUAUUUUUGAUGUAAAUAAUAUGAAGUGCAAUGUUGCAUUCCUUCUUUGUAUAAGAUGGUUGAAGAAUAUUUGAAAAUAAAAUGGAUUUGCUUUUUUGUUUCGAAUUUCUGAUUCCCAUGUCCACUUUGAUACCCACUUGAAUAAAAUAAAAAAACUGUGAAACCCCAUUA